GUUUCCUUAACUCCUUGCCCCCUUACGUGGUUCGAGCGGAUGAGCAUGUUGGUCAUCUUACUGAAUUGUGUCACCCUGGGAAUGUUCCAACCCUGUGAAGACAAUACCUGUGACUCGGAGCGCUGCAAAAUUCUACAGGGCUUCGACGAUUUCAUCUUUGCAUUCUUCGCUGUGGAGAUGAUUGCCAAGAUGAUUGCGCUGGGCAUCUUUGGCCCGAAAUGUUACCUCGGUGACACGUGGAACCGCCUCGACUUUUUCAUUGUUAUUGCCGGCAUGUUAGAGUAUUCACUGGACCUACAGAAUGUCAGUCUAUCAGCUGUCCGUACUGUGAGGGUACUGCGACCGCUUCGAGCCAUUAACAGAGUUCCCAGUAUGAGGAUACUGGUGACGCUGUUGCUGGACACUUUGCCUAUGUUAGGCAACGUACUUCUCCUCUGUUUCUUUGUCUUCUUUAUUUUUGGCAUUGUCGGGGUCCAGCUGUGGGCAGGACUGCUGCGAAACAGGUGCUUUCUCGAAGAGAACUUUACAAUACCUGCCUCUCAAGAGCUGGAUCGAUAUUAUCACACAGAAAACGAUGAUGAGAAUCCCUUCAUAUGUUCCCUCCUGAAGGAUAAUGGAAUGCGCUACUGUCGCAGCGUGCCCCAAAGAAGAGUGAACAACAUCGAAUGUACCCUAGACGAUACAAGUUACUACCUGUUACUGAGUAACACCACAGACAAUAUCAGCUGUAUAAACUGGAACCAGUACUAUACCCAGUGCCAACCUGCUGAUCACAACCCAUUCAAAGGAGCCAUCAACUUCGAUAACAUUGGCUACGCAUGGAUAGCAAUAUUUCAGGUUAUAACCUUGGAAGGAUGGGUUGACAUCAUGUAUUUUGUCAUGGAUGCUCAUUCGUUCUACAAUUUCAUCUACUUCAUCCUUCUCAUCAUUGUUGGGUCAUUUUUUAUGAUCAAUUUAUGUCUGGUCGUCAUUGCCACCCAGUUUUCCGAGACCAAGCAGCGUGAAAGCCAAUUGAUGAAGGAGCAGAGGGUUCGGUUCAUGUCCAAUGCCAGCACACUGGCCAGUUUCUCUGAGCCAGGGAGCUGCUAUGAUGAACUCCUCAAGUACAUUAGCCACAUGUUGCGGAAGGCCAGGCGGGAGGUGGUGCAUGUGUGCCACCUGGUGGCGAGCCGGAGGAGCCACCAGGCCGGCAGCUGGACUGGGCCAGGCCCACAGCCCCGCAAACGGAGGAAACGCAAGCGGGCGUCCUCCAUCCACCACCUGAUCCACCAUCACCAUCACCACCACCACUACCACGUCAGCAACGGGAACCUGCGAGCCCACCGUGCCGGCCCGGAGAUCAGAGACACGGAGACCGACCCGGCCCGCCACGGUGCCGCCAACCGCCUCAUCGUGCUGCCUUCGCCCCUGACCAAGCUGCACCCUCUCCCGGCACCCGCGGCUCCCGCUAAUACCGAGUCUGUCCACAGCAUCUACCACGCCAACUGCCACAUUGAGCCGGUGCAGUGCAAGUCCUCCCUCCGGCAGGGGGCAGCAGACAGAGGCCAAAGGGCGGCCGAUGCCAGGAGUUACCCGACCCUGCAGCCGAGCUCCCAGCACGAGGUGAUCAACCUCAGCGGCAAUGGGGAGAAGACCCUAAAGGACGCGACCAUGAAUCCUGACAACGCAAUGGCAAAUCUCAACAUCCCGCCAGGGCCAUACCGCAAAAUGCAUCGGCUCCUGGAAAGCCAGAGUGCUGGCCAUUGUAAAAGCUCCUGCAAGCUGUCCGGUCACUGCCUGCCAUAUGGCUCUCCUGGCGGAACAGCCGACAUUCUGAACUGCGACCCACAAAGCUGCCCCAUUUGCAUCAGGGGCAGUGAAUCCGAGGUGAGGGAGAAUGAGACGCUGGAUUCAGACAGCGAGGGAGUGUAUGAGUUCACCCAGGACACCCACUACACUGACCAGAGAGACCCUCAACGCAGUCAGUUGCGUGUAACCACGGCAAACAAAUGCUGGACAUUUUGGAAGCCAGUCUGUGACACUUGCCGCAAGAUUGUUGACAGCAAAUAUUUUGGCCGGGGAAUUAUGAUCGCUAUUCUCAUCAAUACACUAAGCAUGGGGAUUGAAUAUCAUGAACAGCCAGAAGAACUCACGAAUGCCCUGGAGAUCAGCAAUAUUGUCUUCACCAGCCUGUUUGCACUGGAAAUGCUUCUGAAGAUCCUGGUGUAUGGGCCAUUUGGCUACAUCAAGAAUCCUUACAACAUUUUCGAUGGCAUCAUUGUCGUCAUCAGUGUAUGGGAGAUUGUAGGACAGCAAGGUGGGGGCCUGUCAGUGCUGCGGACCUUCCGCCUGAUGCGAGUACUGAAGUUGGUACGGUUCAUGCCAGCCUUGCAACGCCAGCUGGUGGUCCUGAUGAAGACAAUGGACAACGUUGCCACCUUCUGCAUGCUGCUGAUGCUUUUCAUCUUCAUCUUCAGUAUUCUGGGAAUGCAUCUUUUUGGCUGCAAGUUUGCCUCAGAGAAAGGAGGAGACACUCUUCCCGACCGAAAGAAUUUUGACUCGCUUCUCUGGGCUAUUGUAACAGUCUUCCAGAUAUUGACUCAAGAGGAUUGGAACAAGGUCUUGUACAAUGGAAUGGCCUCCACCUCUCCAUGGGCUGCUUUGUACUUCAUCGCCCUCAUGACAUUCGGCAACUAUGUUCUCUUUAACUUGUUAGUUGCCAUUUUAGUGGAAGGAUUUCAGACUGAGGAGGUCCAGAAGCGGGAGGAUGCGAGUGGGCAGUUAAGCUGUAUUCAGCUGCCUGUCGACUCGUCUGGGAAAGUUGAAGAGGAACAUGGACCUCAGGGAGACGUCUCAAAGUCGGACUCAGAGGCUGAUUUUUUUUGUCAGAGCCUUGAAGAUGACAGUGGGAGCAAAAAGGACCUUCCAAACACAACCUUGAUGGCAGUGAAUGGCCACGUGGACGUCAAAACUAGUCUGACUCCACCGCUCAUCAUCCACACCAAUGCCACGCCAAUGCCAACCCCAAAGGGAAUGCUUUGUGGAGAUUCUGCACAUUUAUACAACGAGUCCCGCAGAGGAAGCAACGUGUCAAUCGAUCCCAACUUUUAUGAGCAGAAGUCACCAACUAGUGCACGUAGCUCCCCUUAUGCACCCUGGAGCACGGCCAGCAGCUGGAACAGCCGACGCUCGAGCUGGAAUAGCCUUGGCCGAGCUCAGAGUGUGAAGCGUAAACAUCAGACAGGCGAGCGGAAAUCCCUCCUCUCGGGUGAUGGCAAAGAGAGUUCCGACGAUGGCGAGGGCUCAGAAGAUGAGAGAUCCAGUCAUGCAGGUAGUGGGAGGGGGCCAGGCACUCAGCGUGUGGAAUCCCUGGAGAUGAGGGGCUCUUUCGACCUUCCUGACACUCUGCAAGUACCUAGCCUUCACAGAUCUCCUAGUAUCCAAAGCAGCAGGCUCACGCCAAUGGAUCGCCAUGACUGCAAUGGUAAAACCUCCCCGACUGCCUUGCCACACCAGGUCCACACGGAUGAACAGAGAGCUGAGUUUGAACAUACUGAAGAUGAUAUUGACAUGGGUAAAAGAGCACGUUUGCGGGCGUGGAUUCAAGCCAAGUUGCCACCCUGUUUCAGAGAACGAGAAGGCUGGUCACUUUAUCUGUUCCCUCCACAGUCCAAGAUCCGCCUCAUUUGCAGCAAAAUUAUUUCACACAAGAUGUUCGACCACAUUGUUCUGGUCAUUAUCUUCCUGAACUGCAUUACUAUUGCCAUGGAGAGACCGAAGAUUGAUCCUAAGAGUGCAGAGCGAAUCUUCUUGAUAUUUUCGAACUAUAUUUUCACAGUGAUCUUCUUGACUGAGAUGGCAGUUAAGUUGGUCGCAAUGGGCCUUUGCUUCGGUCAGCGAACCUAUCUAAAGAGCUCCUGGAAUAUCCUGGAUGGGCUGCUGGUGAUGAUUUCUGUCAUUGAUAUUCUGGUCUCCCUGGUUUCUGACAGCGGGACAAAGAUCCUCGGAAUGCUGCGAGUCCUCCGUCUCUUGCGCACCCUUCGGCCGCUCCGCGUCAUCAGCCGAGCACCGGGCCUCAAACUUGUUGUUGAAACACUGAUGUCAUCUCUGAAGCCCAUCGGGAAUAUUGUGGUCAUCUGCUGCGCCUUCUUCAUCAUCUUUGGCAUCCUGGGAGUACAGCUCUUCAAAGGCAAAUUUUACGUUUGCGUUGGUGAAGACACCAGAAACAUCACAAACAAGUCAGAUUGUAUCCAAGCCAACUACAAGUGGACCCGUCACAAGUACAACUUUGACAACCUGGGGCAGGCCCUGAUGUCCUUGUUUGUUCUUGCAUCGAAGGAUGGCUGGGUCGACAUUAUGUAUGAUGGUCUGGAUGCAGUGGGAGUAGAUCAACAGCCGAUAAUGAAUUACAACCCGUGGAUGUUACUGUACUUCAUCUCCUUCCUGCUGAUCGUGGCCUUCUUUGUGCUCAACAUGUUUGUGGGCGUGGUGGUGGAGAAUUUCCACAAGUGCCGGAAACACCAGGAGGUGGAGGAGGCCAAACGGCGUGAGGAGAAGCGCCUCAGACGAAUGGAGAAAAAGAGACGGAGUAAGGAGAAACAGCUGGCUGAAGCACAGUGUAAACCUUAUUACUCUGACUAUUCCCCUGCUCGGCUUCUCAUCCACAAAAUGUGCACAAGCCAUUAUUUGGAUUUGUUCAUCACUGUAGUGAUUGGGCUGAAUGUAAUCACCAUGGCAAUGGAACAUUAUCGGCAACCAAAGGUUCUGGAUGAGGCUUUGAAGAUCUGUAACUACAUCUUCACGAUUAUCUUUGUCCUGGAGUCUGUAUUCAAACUGGUUGCCUUUGGUUUUCGCCGAUUCUUCAAGGAUAGAUGGAACCAGCUUGACCUAGCUAUUGUCCUGCUGUCCAUUAUGGGAAUCACCCUUGAAGAGAUCGAAGUGAAUGCUUCCCUGCCAAUCAACCCCACAAUCAUCAGAAUCAUGAGAGUUCUCCGCAUUGCUAGAGUUCUCAAGCUCUUGAAGAUGGCAGUGGGAAUGAGAGCAUUGCUGAACACUGUAAUCCAGGCUCUACCACAGGUCGGAAAUCUUGGACUGUUGUUCAUGCUGCUGUUUUUCAUAUUUGCAGCUCUUGGAGUUGAACUUUUUGGGGACCUAGAAUGUGAUGACUAUCAUCCCUGUGAGGGGUUAGGGCGACAUGCCACAUUCAGAAACUUUGGAAUGGCUUUCCUCACUUUAUUCCGAGUGUCAACUGGAGAUAACUGGAAUGGGAUCAUGAAGGAUACUUUGCGAGACUGUAACCAAGAGGGCACCUGUUAUAACACAGUGGUGUCCCCAAUCUACUUUGUCUCGUUUGUGCUGACAGCUCAGUUUGUGCUGGUGAAUGUAGUUAUCGCGGUGCUGAUGAAACACCUGGAAGAGAGCAACAAAGAGGCGAAGGAGGAAGCAGAACUUGAGGCAGAGCUGGAACUCGAAUUAAAAAUGUUGAAUACAGGCCAGGGGAAUGUGGACGGUGUGACGUGGGGAGGUGGUGAAGGUGGAGAUGCAGGUGACAGCCCUGGGAGUCCAUCUGAGUCACUCCAAAUCAAGAUGGAUUCGCCGUUUUCUUUAGAGCCACCAUUGGACAAGCAAUUUUUCGACAAUGUGUCCCUGCUGAUCCAAGGUUCACUGGAAGGAGAGUUAACCCUCAUGGACAACCUCUCAGGUUCUGUCUGCCACAACUACGCCAUCUCCCAACAAAACAAAUGCUGUGCUGACAAACAGAUCCCUCUAGCUGAGAUGGAGGCUGUUUCUCUGACGUCUGAUAUUCAGUCUGAGAAAUCGUGGUCGUUAGCACUGACGGAUGACUCUUUACCCGAUGAUGCUAACGUAUUUUUACUAAAUACGCUGGAAAGCAAUGCUGAGCAGAUCCAAGAACAGCAAGCGAAGGAGGAGAUCCCAGAGAAGAACCUUCUGACUGUGAGGAAGCCUUUUGUAGGUCGAACACACUCACUGCCCAAUGACAGCUACAUGUUUCAGCCUGUUGACCCUGCUCCCUUGCAGGGCCUACAGAGAUCAGAGAGUAGUCACCGGCUACAAUCAGGUUCCACCACCUCAGUUCAGUCUCAGCCCACAGGGGCCACUGGCCGCCUCCAGGUUCCCAUCGGGUUGUUCCUUCCUGUCAGCCGUCAGAGCAGUUUUGAUUCUGAAACUAUCCCGAAGAUACCUCCCCCUCGGAGAUCUGUGAGUGCUCACAGAAUGCUGCGUAGGCAGGUUGCUGUAACAAAUGACUCUCUGGAUCCACUGUGUAUGGAGUCCAAGGAAAAUUUGCAGGUACAGACUAAUGAGCCUUCACUCUUGAAUGUGUCUGUGCCGCAUGUGUCUGUUGUGCAACCGUCUGUGGUCCUACUGUCUGCCUCACCAAACGCACCAACCAAACAUAGUGUCCACAUUCAACAGCACCGCCGUAACCAAUGCAACAUCACUAACUUUGUGACAACGUCACCACGUCAUAUUCGGAACCCUUUCAGGGAACUCCCUAACUCAGCGGACCAGGAAGUCUCUCAAAUCAACAGUGGCAGCAAGAGAGCUUCCAAACCUCCCAUGUGCCCUACACUGCCCAUGAAAAUGUGCAGCAGCACAGGAAACCUCACCAUGAAAGACAUCAAAAAAUUCUACAGCGUGGAUACUCAAGGGUUCUUGGCCAAGCCCACAUCGUGGUUGGAUGACCCUCGGAGACAUUCAAUUGAGAUCUGCUCGUCUGUUGGCACAGCUCCACAGCACCAGUUCUCCGCGGCGUCUUGUUGGGCCAUUGGCCAGGCAGUGACAGAACUGGACAGUCAGAAAACAGUACGGCCGAAGCAGAAAAUGAGCCCCCCGUGCAUUUCUAUAGAGCCGCCAGAGGACCACCACACGACGACACAAGGCACUCAUGGGCAAGCAUCAUCCAGUGACAUGUGUUUGAGAAGGCGUGCCCCAUCCUGUGACUCAGCCCCUCACAAGGAGUCCAUAGACCUUGUAGACCCACUGCCUCCUGAAGGCACUCGCACCUCUCCCUCUCCAGUGAAGGAUUUGCUGACUCUUUCAAGUUUUUCCUUGGAUAAGACCGAGGAGGACCACUGAACUGAAUUGUUGAAUUGUUUUUUUUGUUGCCAAAAAAAGACAAAAACAUUUUUUUUCAUCCUUUCCUGACAUUAAUGAAGAAUUCUGCAUUCUGACUGGCACUGGAGGUCAAAAUCCCGCCAAUCACCCUCUUCACUAUCCAUACAGUAACAAGGGUUACUGCAGCCCUUGCAAUGCUGCGCUGCCUUGCACUCAAGCAGGUGACCAACUGACCAUUCACCCAGAUAGUUCUGCACAGUGGAGCGUCACUUUUGUUUUAAUGUGAAAGGUGUUUCCCCUUUUGAAAUUGGGAGUUAAAAUGCCGAGCGGUAGUGCUGGAGAAUUCCAGGAUUCACUUUGUAACUCAGUUUGACGCAACAAGGGAGGGGCAAUAAAUGCCAGCGUUGCCAGUGAUGUCCCCAUCCCCAGAAUUAUUAUUUUUCUAAACAUUGUUAAUGACAUCCAUUUUAUCAGAUUUCAAUUCAGUUGGCCUGGGCAUUUUUCCUUCUCUCUGAAAAGGCACAAAGCAAAGAUCCCACCAUUAAUAUAUUUAGAAGAAGAGAAAAAGUAAUAUUUAUAAAUAAAAUAAAUUGCAAUAUUUACUCAA